CGCUCGUCCUCCAAGCGUCAUCGAGCCGACCAUAAAUUUUUGUCGGUUCAAAUCAGAAACACAUCUUUACAACACGUGUUCGGAGCUUGCAAUUUCCUAAGAGCUAAUAUCACCGCUAUAAGCUUGCCUGGACGGUUGAACGGCCACAAUGGCGUCUCAAGAAAUUACGCUUGAAAUAAAACCCAGAGGGAAACCAAUUCGAAAGCUCCCCAAAAGCAUCUCAAUCGGCAGGGAUGCAACCGCAGUUAGCCUCUAUGCUUCCAUCGCCCAGCAAGCCCAAUUCUCCAUCCAUCGUUUGAGGAUCACCAAGGCCAGUGAUGGAACGUUGGUCAAGAAUAACAAGGACAUCACAAUUGAAUCGACGGGUCUUCGCAACCAGAGCGUGAUAUAUGUUAAAGAUCUUGGCCCCCAGGCAGCAUGGCGUACAGUGUAUUUCAUCGAGUACCUUGGACCUUUAAUCAUGCACCCUCUGCUCCUCUACGUUAUUCGUCCAUACGUUUACCGGAGCCCCAGCUCUCUACCCCCGCCCUCGGAUCUCCAGCGCCUCACUUGUCUCCUGUUAGUCCUGCACUUCGUCAAACGCGAAAUCGAAACCCUGUUCGUUCAUCGAUUCAGCCUGGCCACCAUGCCAGCAAGCUACAUUGUCCGUAACAGUGCACACUACUGGAUUCUUGGUGGGGCCAACCUCGCGUACUGGGUUUUCUCCCCAAGCUCACCCACCGCAAGGUCCGAAGCGAACCCCAUCCUGCUCUACGCUGGUCUCACGCUCUUCACUUUUGGUCAAUUGGCGAACUUCAACGCUCAUCUGACACUUCGCAAUCUCCGAAAGGAGGGUGAUACCACGAGAAGGAUUCCUACUGGGUUUGGUUUUAAUCUUGUCACCUGCCCGAAUUACUUGUUCGAGGUUAUUGCGUGGCUUGGUAUUUACCUUGUCAGUUCCAUGAGCUGGAGUAUACUGCUUUUCAUCGUUGUUGGUUCGGCUACCAUGAUGCGGUGGGCUGGCCAGAAGGAGCGCAGAUACAGACGAGAAUUCGGUGACAAGUACAAGAGAAAGAGAUAUGUCAUGUUCCCAGGCAUUUGGUAGUUCAGGGUGUACACAAAUGAAUCCUGGAUACUCCUUGGAGAGCGGUGGUGUUAAAGUAGAUGUGGUCCAAUGUCUCCCAGCUUGAACGGUAGUGUGUUGUGUGACAUUUUUAGGUUCCAAUGGGUGUGUCUGUUGGUAGUCCAGACAUUAAAAAUAGAUCUAGCAGUUGGAAGCUCAAUACAGACCUAAUUUUCUCGGAAAA